UGCCCCAGGCUCUGUCCCUUCCCCUCGCCCGCUCCCAGCGCCCCUACGGGUGCCUCACCCCGGCAGUCCCUCGCCAGCCGCCAGGCCACUGGGCCGUGGCGGCCUCACGCCCUGGCGCUCCCCCGGGGGCCGGCCCGAGCUCCCUGGAGUGGGCGGGGGGGGGGAGCCUGGCAGGGCCCCGCUAGUUUGCUGCUACUAAUCGUCUCCGAGCCGCCAGAGCUAACGCAGGUUUUUAGCCCGUUUUUUGGUAAAGAUGGCAGCCAACAAUGCAGUGCUGAACAGACUGGAGCAGAAGGGUGCAGAGGCUGAUCAAGUCAUUGAGUACCUCAAGCAACAAGUUGCUCUGCUCAAGGAAAAAGCUAUCUUGCAGGCAUCUCUCCGCGAAGAGAAAAAGCUCCGUGUGGAAAAUGCUAAACUGAAGAAGGAAAUUGAAGGGCUGAAACAGGAGCUGAUUCAGGCAGAAAUCCGAAAUGGAGUAAAGCAGAUUGCAGUUCCUCCUGGUACAACCAUUUCUACAGCUUCAUUUUCAAAUGAUGUUCCACAACCUGCAGCAGUUGUAUCAUCUCCUGGUUCCAAAGAUCAAAUUAGAGGUGAAGAUGAAGAAAAGAAAAAGAAAGAAAAAGUAGAAAAAAAAGGUGAAAAGAAGGAGAAGAAACAGCAACCAGCUGCUGGAAGUAGUGAUGCGAAACCUGUAGAUGUUUCUCGUCUGGAUCUUCGUGUUGGCUGCAUUAUCACUGCUGAAAAGCAUCCGGAUGCAGACACUCUGUAUGUUGAACAAGUGGAUGUUGGUGAAGGAAGCCCGAGGACUGUUGUCAGUGGUUUAGUGAAGCAUGUUCCUCUGGAAAAGAUGCAGAAUCGGAUGGCAAUACUACUCUGUAACUUGAAGCCUGCAAAAAUGAGAGGAGUAGUAUCGCAAGCAAUGGUGAUGUGUGCCAGCUCCCCAGAAAAGGUGGAAAUUCUAGCACCCCCCCCUGGAGCAGUACCUGGGGACAGAAUCACUUUUGAAGGUUUUCCUGAAACCCUUCUAAAGAAAUAUUUUCUGGGAAGAAGGAAUGCAGUGAGGAGAAGGCAUAGGAAAAUGCACAGCCUAAAGCUCUGGUAGUAUUUAAAAUUGAUGCCUUUGCUAAUCUAAUAUGAGUUCACCACAGAUCCCAAGGGAGCUUGAUGCAGGAUUCCAAAGAAAUUUAUUAACAUCCAAAGUGUGUUUUUUAUAAUAAAAGUCAGGGGUUUUUCUUAAUGAAAAAAACCCCAUGUGCUUUUUUUAUAUUUGAAGAGGGGAAAGAAAAUGCACAGUGGAUCACUUAGCAUUCUGUUUAAUGAUUUUGUAUGCAUUCACUUUGAUCUAAACCCACGUCUGCUUUGUUCAUGAACUUGAGCAUUGAGCAGGAUUUUUAUUUUUGUGAAAAUGCACAAUUAGCUCUAAGUGUUUAAUAAUUUUUAUUUA